AUGGCUGACAAUAUCAUGGCGGACUCGACCUUUCAACCCAUGGUGGACGGACUAUCCCUCAUGGCACCAGCAUACCACGCACCUUCACAACAGAGUUGGAUGGAUCCAAACGACAAGUCCUUCAAUUCAACCACCGUAUUCAAUUCAACGGGCAUGGCAACCCAGAACCUACCUUCACCGACUCCAACGACCCUCCUUUUGCUCUCAAAGCUUCUUGGAACGGUCAUCUUGGUCCUUGGGUCCACGCUAAAACUCCCCUCGCUCCUCCCUAUCCUCAAAGUGCAAUCAACUCACGGUAUUCCAAUAGCACCGAUAGCUCUCGAGACGUUCGGGUUCACCAUUGGGCUGGCCUUUAACAUUCGAGCAGGAAACCCCUUUACUACUUGGGGAGAAGUACCAUGCCUUCUUGCGGCUAAUUUAUUGAUACUUGCCGUACACUGGAAACGGCGACCAUUGAGUGUGGUGGUUCCAUUCUUGGCUCUUUAUGCGCAGGUAUUGAGACUGUUGAUGAACUCCAGCAAGGUGUCCGAUUCGAUGUUACAGACUCUUCUGGGAUUGACGGUGCCGGCAUUUAUGACCGGCUCCGUGGUGCAAAUCUUUGAGAAUUGGCGGGUAAAACACAUUGGUGCGAUAUCACCUGCGACGCUAUCUAUGGGAUUACUAUGUGGGCUGGGACGGAUGUUUACGACGUUGGUGGAGGUGGAUGAUCCUGUCGCAAGGGUUUCCGCUGUUCUGGGUGCGUCCUUGGGAGUCGUCAUGUUUUGGCAGAUGCUAGCAUAUAGAGAGAAUACAAAGAGAUUCUUGGAGGCGGGGAAAAUGAAGUAAAGGGUCUCGCCAGAGAUAUCUUAGCCCGUCUUAUACAAUCAUUUUUCAACAGAUCUGUACUACAAUCAUGAUGACCUCUUCAUAAC